UUAUAUGGUUGGUCCUUUGCGUUUAGUGACUUUGAAAAGACAAGUCCACGCAUAGAUGGUAAUAUAUGCUUUCAUUUUCUAUUUAAAAAAUGUACACUUCACAAGUUAAUGAUUUUUUUUAACCAUGGUAUUUUUUAUUUAUUACCAUACUCACAAUUAAUUUCACAAACUAACUACGUUUCUCCUGUUUUUCACAGUCUUACCACAAUGACUUCUCCAGUCCGGCUAAGAAUCAUUCUUGGAGAGCAAAACUCACAAAAGGUGAUCCUUCAGCAUGGCAUCCCUACUUCACUGAGUGACCUGUCAAAGGAAAUCGAAAAACAAUGUAACCUAAAAGGACAUUUUAGGCUGCAGUUCAUGGAUCCUGACUUUGACAAUGAGUUUAUGAAUCUCAUGUCCACAUCUGAAAUUCAAGACAAAAGUACCCUAAAAGUGGUAUUUCCGACAACACCAAGUGACCGUGACAGCUCGCCUACACCACAACUGGAUACAUCUCAAAGUAGGAGUACCUGCUCAUCCCCAGCUCUAUCACUUUCAUCCUGUGACACACUGAUUUUGUCAUCCCCAUCUACUUCAGCAAGCUCUGGCUGUGUUGCAAGUGUGUCUCCUGAGUCAUCUUCAAGAAUUAAGUCUUCUGCAUGGCCAGCCGUUUUCACUGUUCCCCGUUUUGCAUAUGACGCUGAGCUCAAAUUAGAUCAAGGUAAUGCAGCCUUCAAAACACACGGCACUUUUCUCAGUCCUGACCCAAAGCUGAAAAUAUCAAUACUAGAUGGGCUUGCUGAAGAAAUUGUGAGAUACAAAGUCUACCCUACAAAUACAGAGUUCAAUCAGGUGGCUGAAGCCCUCAUUGAAAAGCACCCUUGUUUAAAAGAAAGGGGUUCUGCCAAUGGUUACAGCGGAUGGAAAGCAAGUUUAAAGUACAAACUUGCCAACUAUAGAACAAAACUAAGAAACAUUGGCUAUACUGAAGUUACAGUCAACUCGCUCAAGCACAAACCAGCUGGAAUUUCCAGUCCUGCUUACAAUAUAAAAAAACCUCGCAAAGCUGAGGUGAACUACUGCCCUUCCCAUCCAUUAGGAGAAACACCCGAAACACUUGAAGAAGUCAGAGUAACACUUCUGUCUGAAAUAAAAAAGAAGAACAAUGAGAAAACAUUACGAAUGCUGAUGGACAAGACCUUUUCAAUCCGGAGACAUGAGGUGGUCAAGGAAUCACCUCCAAUAGCAGAUUUCAAAACUAGAUGGCCUGCUCUUUUCAGAACAGAAGAGAUUUGUGCAGAGUUUGAAAGAAUCACAACAGUCCCAUUGGUGUCUACAUACUUUGCGAAGAUGGAUCGAUAUUCUGCUAAACUUAUGAAGAUCUAUGCAAAGCGAGGAGGAAUCAAUGGACAAAGAAUUAAAAACCUGCUGGUUCCCACAACACAGACAGACAACAUUGAUGUGAGGCGAGAGUGCAUACUCAGAUCUCUCUGUGUCUACCUGAAUGAAGACCCGAGCAAUCUAAUGAAUGAGUAUUUGGAUACAGAUGCACCCAGUACUCAGGAGGCGAUCCAGAAGACUGUGAUGGGAGUGUUUGUUGUAAAAAUUGAAGGUUCAGACAUCGAAGACAGCCCAGCAGAUGUUGGAGUGGUAUUGGAGGGCGUGAGAGUUCUUGAAGACCUGAACAACGUAUCGUAUGCGACAGCCAUGCUGAUGGGACUGAUAUAUACUGAACUUGAGCUACCCUCCUGA